CCCGCCUCUGCUUUCAAUCCUUGGAGACCCUGGACCGCGGCCAACACCGGAUGCGGUUCACCCGACUUCCGUUCUGGGUGGGGCUUCCACCGCCGGGCGCCAUAUUUGUGCGCUUGGCGGGAGCCGGAUUCCCGGGACUGAUCUGAAUUCAAGGUGCCGGCAUCAUCUGCCCACACUUGUGCCUGCUGUCCCUGACCUAGUCAUGCCUCGGGGCCAAAAGAGUAAGCUCCGUGCCCGUAAGAAACGCUGCCAGGCCCGUGUUGAGAGCCAGGGCCUUGGGGAUACUCAGGCCACUACAGAAGAGGUCAAUAAGUCCCCCUCUUCUGUUUCUGGGGAUGCUCCCUCGAGCUCCUCUGCUGCUGGCGCUUCCCAGAAGCCUCAGGGAUCCCAAGCCACUAGCUCUUCUGCUGCACGUGGUUCACGCCGCAGAUCUAAUGCAGGUGCCAAGAGCCGGGUUGACGGAGGUAAACAUUCCUCCCAGGCCUCAACUUCCCCUGAAAGCGCUCGCAAUGAUCUUCUAACCAGGAAGGUGGGAAUAUUGAUGCAGUUCAUGCUAGAAAGGUAUGCAAUGAAGGCACCCAUUAUAAGGGCAGAGAUGCUGAAGAUCAUCAACAAAAGGUACAAGGAAGAUUUCCCUGAGAUCUUCGGGAAAGCCUCUGAGCACCUGGAGCUGGUCUUUGGCCUAGAAUUAAAGGAAAUCAAGCCCAGUGGUCACUCCUAUACCCUCGUGAGCAGCCUAGACAUCACCAGUGAUGGCGAUGUGAGCAAUGGCUGGGGUCCUCCUAAGAAUGGUCUUCUUAUGCCUCUUCUGAGUGUGAUCUUCCUGAGUGGCAACCGAGCCUCUGAAGAGGAUAUCUGGGAAUUCAUGAAUAUCUUGGGCGUCUAUGAAGGAAGGAAGCACGUAGUUUUUGGGGAGCCCAGGAAGCUCAUCACCCAAGAUUUGGUGCAGGAAAAGUACCUGGAAUACCGCCAGGUGUCCGGUAGUGAUCCUCCAUGCUACGAGUUCCUGUGGGGCCCGAGAGCCCAUGCCGAGACCAGCAAGAUGAGAGUCCUAGAGUUUUUGGCAAAGGUCCAUGAUACUGUCCCCAGUGCCUUCCCAUUCCAUUAUGAAGAGGCUCUGCGAGAUGAGGAAGAGCGAGCCCAGGCCAGAGCCACGGCUAAGGCUGCCUCUGCUACCAAGGCCAGUGCACGUUCCAGGGCCACAUCCAGCCGCUCCACUCCUCCCUAGAGAGGGCUGAGGCAGAUUCUUCCCUCUGUGUUUGAUGAGGGCUGCCAACCUUUUAAGUAGUGAGAGCCUAAGGUGGGGUUGGCAAGAUCAUAAUAUGUAUCUUCUUUUUAUUUUUCCUAUUGUCCUUGGUAGCUUACAAAUGUUCCUUUCAUUAGAAUGUUUAUUUAGAUUCAGAAUAUGUUUAUAAAUGACAUAGAUCACACAUUGCAGUUAAACAGGUUUAAGAGUAAGAGUUUUGGUAUUGUGUAAUAUAGCUUGAAAAUUUUUGCAUCUCCUUUGGGUUCCAGAACAAGAUAAUAUGGUGUUGGAGUGGGGAUUAUUCUUGGAAAUAUGAAAGAACCAGCAAAAAUACAGCUGUGGUUUUAAAAUAGAAACAAAGUAAAAUGUAGUUAAAUCUUGGAUUGUCUUAUUCAUUUUGUCUUUCUUUUUGUAAAAUUCAAGGAUAUAUAUCUGAAUGUCCUUAUUCAUGAAUGCAGAUAAAAUUAAAUAGUAAUAAAGUACAUUCCUUGCCUAGUGCCCUAUUU